CAAGAAUAAUGGCUUUCUCUUCCAAAACCCUAAGGUCAACUCUCUUCUUCCUCUCUAUUGUCUUACUUUGUUUCUCCCUAAUCCUAGCUCACGGCGGCUCAGACCACGACGAAGAGGAGGAAGCUGCGGGGGCCAACCAACCACCUCCGGCCGCUGGCACAACCGUCGUGGAUCUCCGGUCGAAGAGCUUAGUGCGUGUGAAGAUCUACUGUCUUAUAAUACUCUUCUUUAGCACAUUCUUGGCGGGGAUUUCUCCUUACUUUUACCGGUGGAACGAGUCGUUUUUGCUCCUAGGAACUCAAUUCUCCGGCGGUAUAUUCCUCGCGACCGCUCUAAUUCAUUUCCUCAGCGAUGCCAACGAGACUUUCCGAGGGUUAAAACACAAAGAGUAUCCUUACGCCUUCAUGUUAGCAGCCGGUGGAUAUUGUCUUACGAUGCUCGCAGAUGUGGCGGUUGCUUUUGUAGCUGCUGGGAGUAGUAAUAAUAUUAACAACGUGGCUUGCGACCCCGGAGAGUCGAGAGUAGAUGUUGCCGUGGAGGUGAAGGAAGAAGGUCGUCGUGAGACUGGAAGUAGUGUUGAUGUGAAUCAAACGAUUCUGCGGACGAGUGGAUUUGGAGACACGGCUUUGCUAAUUGUUGCGCUUUGUUUUCACUCGGUCUUCGAGGGAAUCGCCAUUGGUGUCUCAGACACUAAAAGCGACGCAUGGAGAAACCUAUGGACAAUAUCAUUGCACAAGAUCUUCGCAGCCGUAGCAAUGGGAAUAGCUCUCCUCAAGCUAAUCCCUAAACGACCAUUCUUCCUCACAGCUGUCUACUCCUUUGCCUUUGGGAUUUCGAGUCCUUUAGGCGUGGGGAUUGGCAUCGCCAUCAAUGCUACGAGCCAAGGAGCCGCAGGUGAUUGGACUUACGCAAUAUCAAUGAGCAUUGCAUGUGGAGUCUUCAUGUAUGUUUCGAUUCACCACCUUAUCGCAAAAGGGUAUAAGCCUCGUGAGGAGUGUUACUUCGACAAGCCAAUCUACAAGUUUCUUGCUGUCAUCCUCGGUGUUAUCUUGCUCUCUAUUGUUAUGAUUUGGGAUUGAUUUUGUUCACACUUUUAGUUUCACUUAUUCCUUUGUUAAAAUCUGUUUCAUUCUCUUUCAAGUUCAUU